CAGUACAAUUAUUAAAAAGAAAAAGAAAAUGAAGAUUCAAUGUGAUGUUUGUGAUAAAGAAGAGGCAUCAGUUUAUUGUUCAGCAGAUGAAGCCACACUUUGCCAAAGCUGUGAUUAUCAAGUGCAUCAUGCCAACAAGCUUGCAAGCAAACAUCUUCGUUUUUCUCUAAUUCAUCCUUCUUUCAAAGAUUCUCCUCUUUGUGACAUUUGCCAGGAAAGACGUGCACUGCUAUUUUGUAAAGAAGAUAGAGCAAUUCUUUGCAAAGAAUGUGACUUGCCUAUACACAAAGCAAAUGAACAUACAAAGAAACACAACAGAUUUCUUCUAAGUGGAGUUCAGCUCUCUUCUGAUGUACUUGCUUCUAAUUCUAAUAACCAAAAUUCAAUAUCCCCAACUGGAUCUGCUGCAAGUAAUGCUGGUACAAAUAAUUUUAAAGCACGUAGUGGUAAUUUUGGGAUGAAGAGUAAUUCGAUUUCGAGUACUACAGAAUCGACACCUAAUUAUUUUCAAGUUGAUUAUCAUGUACAAGAGGGUUCUGUUUCAACUAGUAGCAUAUCAGAAUAUUUGACUGAGACUCUUCCUGGUUGGCAUGUUGAAGAUUUUCUUGAAUAUCCCUCUUCUUCUUCAUAUGAAUUUUGAUCAGAUACGACCAGCUGUGUAGUUUUUUUUCCACUACAGUAAGUGGGGAUACCUCUUAAUAUCAAAUGGAGUACCUGUUCCUCAGAUCAACUCUCCAUCUACCAAGCAACUCAUAAGACAGACUUGGUAAUACUAAAGGGCAUAAUAUCUUUUGAGAUAUUAAGAAAACUGUUAUACAAAUUGCCAUCUGACCUUUUCUUUUGGUUGCUAACUUUGACCAGUUGCUUUGUUUUUGGACAUGUAACACAUGUUGUAAGUUAAAGCCCCACUGUUCUUUUUUUUGUUAUUUGUUUUUUUGCAAGUCAAAUCACUUGGACUUGUUGCAAUAUGUUAAUCUGAAUGGGAAUGGGUUUUAACAGAUCUGGGGUACUUUUUGUUUUGCUUUGUGGGAGACCAAUCUUUUUGUAAUGCUAGUGGGAUAGCCUUGUGCCUAUUA